AUGUCACUGCUAAGACCGCCAAUGAUAUUGUUUUUACGUAACACAUCGUUUAACUUAACCAAAAAGAACUUACUAUUGCAAAAAAAAAACUUUUUGAGUACCAUUGUUAAAACAAAACCUGUUAGUGACCUACGUUCCAAAAUAUACGCAGAUUAUGUUUCGUCGCCCAAAUCCAAGUUGCAAUCAUUGUUAUGGCAUGCGCCUGUUCAAAACAUAUUUAUCAUGAAAAAACCAUGGACUAUUAGAACUACCAAGGCAAUGGCCAUUUUUAUCAAACACAUACAUGACACAUAUCCCUCAAUUAAUAUAAUAGUUACGCCUGACGUAAUCGAAGAAUUGACACCUAUUUUAUUGUCAAAAAAUGAUAUAGAAGGCAUCAAAGUUGUCCCCUCUCGAACUAAUGCCGUUAAUGCUGAUACACCAUAUGUUUUGUAUACAGGGUCUACUGAAGAUAUUAUUAAAAAGACUGACUUGUUAGUUACGUUAGGUGGAGAUGGUACCAUAUUGAGGGCAGUUUCUAUAUUUAGCAAUGAUUAUGUGCCACCUGUGUUAGCAUUUUCAUUAGGCACACUAGGAUUUUUAUUGCCCUUUCAAUUUCAGGAUUAUGUUUCUGUGUUUGAUAAAGUUAUUCACAGUAGAAGUAAAGUUUUACAUAGGAACAGAUUAGAGUGUCAUGUUCUAAGAAAUGGUGUCAAUAUUACACAAAACAAAAACAAACAGGUAUCUCCCUCAACAACAACAAUUCCUAUUACUACUACCGCUGCUACAACCAACAGCAACAACAAUAACAGUAGUAAUAACGAAAUGGUCCAUGCUAUGAAUGAUAUUUUCUUACAUAGAGGAGAUUCGCCGCACUUAACCAAUUUAGAUAUUUAUAUAGAUGGUGAUUUUUUAACAAGGACAACUGCUGACGGUGUGGUACUAUCUACACCAACAGGGUCUACAGCAUAUUCGUUAAGUGCAGGUGGAUCUAUUGUAUCGCCUUUAGUUCCAUGUAUCUUACUAACUCCUAUUUGUCCUCGAUCCUUAUCAUUUAGACCAUUGAUUUUAGCACAUACUUCACAUAUUAUGAUUAAAAUUGGUUCCAAAGCUUCGAGUGGAGGACCUUUAGAUAAUAAAGUUGUCAAGUUAAGCAUUGACGGAAUACCUCAACAGGAUUUGCAUAUAGAUGACGAAAUACAUAUUAUUAACGAAGUGGGGACUAUAUAUGUUAAUGGUUCCCAUGUACCAACAAGAAUAACUAAACCAGCCGUAAUAACCAGUGGCACUAGCAUAUCUGGAGAAGGUGUCGUACGCGGGACCGCCAAAAAUAGAGGCAAAAUGUCGGGUAUUUAUUGUAUAGCCAAGACAGAAAAUGAUUGGACUCAUGGUAUUAACGAACUAUUAGGAUUCAAUUCUAGCUUCAGAUUCACCAAGGAAUCCUAA